UGUCAUUUGAGCGGAUAGGAUAACUAGAAAAGCCAGCACAUCUUUAGAAGAUGGGGUCAACGAUUAAAGCGGAGCCUAUGCGUAUCCUGGUGACAGGUGGCUCUGGGUUGGUGGGCAAAGCCAUUGAGCAUGUGGUGCAGCAGGAAGGUGGGAAACUGGAGGGAGAAGAAUGGAUCUUCCUCUCUUCUAAGGAUGGUGACCUUGUAGAUGUUGGGCAGACCAGGGCUGUGUUCGAGAAACAUCGUCCCACUCAUGUGAUCCAUCUGGCUGCAAAAGUCGGAGGACUCUACCAACACAUGAAGGAAAACCUGCUCUUUUUGAGGGACAACCUAAAAAUAAAUGACAAUGUACUACAAACUGCCCACGAGAUGGGUGUGGCCAAGGUUGUGUCUUGCUUGUCCAGUUGUAUCUUCCCUGAGAACACCACAUACCCCAUCGAUGAGACCAUGAUACACAACGGAUCACCUCAUGCCUCCAAUUUUGGAUACUCACAUGCCAAAAGAAUGAUCGAUGUUCAGAACAAGGCAUACUUCCAGCAGUACGGCCAUUGUUACACUGCUGUCAUCCCAACCAAUGUCGUUGGUCCCCAUGACAACUUCAGCAUUGAAAAUGGUCAUGUGCUGUCGGCACUCAUUAACAAGACAUACCAGGCCAAAAAGGAAGGAACUCCACUGAGUGUAUGUGGCUCUGGAGCUCCCAGAAGGCAGUUCAUCUACUCUCUGGAUUUGGGACGUCUAAUUAUUUGGGUCCUGAGAGAAUAUAAAGAAAUUGACCCCAUUAUCCUCUCUGUGGGAGAGGAGGAUGAAGUCUCAAUCAAAGAAGCUCUGGACAUGAUUACAAAGGCUCUGGACUACAAAGGCGAAAUCCAUUUCGACACCACCCAGUCAGAUGGCCAGAUGAAGAAGACAGCCAGCAAUGCCAAGCUGAGACGCUACCGGCCCGACGUCUCCUUCACGCCCCUCAGAGAAGCUGUAAAGAUGACAUGCGACUGGUUCGAGAUCAACUACGACAAAGCACGGAAAUAA